CCACCGCCCCCGCACUCUUUAGACCCAGUGACGGCCGGGUCGCUCGACAGCUGCGUGACUGUAUUUCUCGGACCGACCUUGCGCAGCAGACAACCGAGCCGCCGCCAUGGCCCUGCUCCGAGGUGUGUUCAUUGUUGCUGCUAAGCGAACACCCUUCGGAGCUUUUGGAGGACUCCUGAAGGACUUCACAGCCACUGACUUGGCUGAAUUUUCUGCCAAGGCUGCCUUGACUGCUGGCAAAGUCUCACCUGAAACUGUUGACAGUGUCAUUGUAGGCAAUGUCUUGCAGAGUUCUGCAGAUGCUAUAUUCUUGGCAAGGCAUGUGGGUUUGCGUGUGGGAAUCCCAACAGAGACCCCUGCUAUCACUAUUAAUAGGCUCUGUGGCUCUGGUUUCCAGUCCAUUUUGAAUGGAUGUCAGGAAAUUGGUGUUAAAGAUGCUGAAGUUGUCUUGUGUGGCGGAACCGAAAGUAUGAGCCAGUCUCCCUUCUAUGUCAGAAAUGUGCGUUUUGGAACCAAGUUUGGAUUAGAGCUCAAGCUAGAAGAUUCUUUGUGGGAAUCACUAACAGAUCCACAUGUCCAAGUCUCCAUGGGAAUUACUGCAGAGAAUCUUGCUGCAAAACAUAAAAUAAGCAGAGAAGAAUGUGAUAAAUACGCCCUGCAGUCACAACAGAGGUGGAAAGCUGCUAAUGAUGCUGGCUACUUUAAUAAUGAGAUGGCACCAAUUGAGGUGAAGACAAAGAAAGGGAAACAGACAAUGCAAGUGGAUGAGCAUGCUCGGCCUCAAACAACCUUGGAGCAGUUAAAUAAACUUCCUCCAGUGUUCAAGAAAGAAGGGACAAUCACUGCAGGGAAUGCAUCGGGGAUAUCGGAUGGUGCUGGCACUGUUAUCAUAGCUAGUGAAGAGGCUGUUAAAAAACAUAACUUCACACCACUGGCAAGAAUUGUUGGCUAUUUUGUAUCUGGAUGUGAUCCCUCUAUCAUGGGUAUUGGUCCUGUCCCUGCUAUCAAUGGGGCACUAAAGAAAACAGGACUGAGUCUUAAGGACAUGGAUUUGGUGGAGGUGAAUGAAGCUUUCGCUCCCCAGUACUUGGCAGUUGAGAGAAGUUUGGAUCUUGAUCCAAGUAAAACUAAUGUGAAUGGGGGAGCCAUUGCUUUGGGUCACCCGUUGGGAGGAUCUGGAUCAAGAAUUACUGCACACCUGGUUCAUGAAUUAAGGCGUCGAGGUGGAAAAUACGCUGUUGGAUCAGCUUGCAUUGGAGGUGGCCAAGGUAUCGCAGUCAUCAUCGAGAACACAGCCUGAGAAGAGCAAAAAGCCUGCUGUGGCCCACCCUUACUUCACCUGGCUGGGCCACAGUGGGGGAGUGAUCUUCAGAGCACCUACUGCCAGUGGCAUUCAGUGACUGAGUUUGAUCAAAGGAUGGUAAGCAAAGAUGCAUUUAUCAUGAAUAAGAGCCCAUGCCAGAAAUGAGUUCUCUCAAAUUUGCAUCAGUCAAUUAUGAUACAUUUCUGAAUUAAAAUCCAACUAUAAAAAGGCUUAAAAGAAAUUGUGCCCUUGCCUAAUAACCACCACUUAUGCCUUAAAUGUUGUAAUUGCAAGGAAAUUGAAUAAAUGAUGCCUUAAAUAGCUAA